AUGGUGAAUUUCACAGUUGAUCAAAUGCGUGCCUUGAUGGACGUUGUUACCAACGUUCGUAACAUGUCCGUCAUUGCCCACGUCGAUCACGGUAAAUCUACCUUGACCGAUUCCCUUGUCCAGCGUGCCGGUAUUAUCUCUGCUGCCAAGGCUGGUGAGGCUCGUUUCACCGAUACCAGAAAGGAUGAGCAGGAGCGUGGUAUUACCAUCAAGUCCACUGCCAUCUCCCUUUACUCUGAGAUCUCUGACGACGAUGUCAAGGACAUCAAGCAAAAGACCACUGGUAACUCCUUCUUGAUCAACUUGAUCGAUUCCCCAGGUCACGUUGAUUUCUCCUCCGAGGUCACUGCCGCUUUGCGUGUUACCGAUGGUGCUCUUGUCGUUGUCGACUGUGUUGAAGGUGUCUGUGUCCAAACUGAGACCGUCUUGCGUCAAGCUCUUGGUGAGAGAAUCAAGCCAGUUGUCGUCAUCAACAAGGUUGACAGAGCUUUGCUUGAGUUGCAAGUCACCAAGGAGGACUUGUACCAAUCUUUCUCCAGAACUGUUGAAUCCGCCAACGUUAUCAUUGCUACCUACACUGACAAGGUUUUGGGUGAUGUCCAAGUUUACCCAGAGCGUGGUACCGUUGCCUUCGGUUCCGGUUUGCACGGUUGGGCCUUCACUGUCCGUCAAUUCGCUACCAGAUACUCCAAGAAGUUUGGUGUUGACAGAGCUAAGAUGAUGGAGAGAUUGUGGGGUGACUCUUACUUCAACCCAAAGACCAAGAAGUGGACCAACAAGGACAGAGACGCCGAUGGUAAGCCAUUGGAGCGUGCUUUCAACAUGUUCAUCUUGGACCCAAUCUUCAGAUUGUUCUCUGCUAUCAUGAACUUCAAGAAGGAUGAGAUCCCAAUGCUUUUGGAGAAGUUGGAGAUCACCUUGAAGGGUGACGAGAAGGACCUCGAAGGUAAGGCUUUGUUGAAGAUCGUUAUGAAGAAGUUCUUGCCAGCUGCUGAUGCUCUUUUGGAGAUGAUUGUCAUCCACUUGCCAUCCCCAGUUACUGCUCAAUUCUACAGAGCUGACACUUUGUACGAAGGUCCAUCUGAUGACGUUACCUGUCAAUCCAUCAAGAACUGUGAUCCAAACGCUGAUUUGGUUCUUUACGUCUCCAAGAUGGUUCCAACCUCUGAUAAGGGUCGUUUCUACGCUUUCGGUCGUGUCUUCGCUGGUACUGUUAAGUCUGGUCAAAAGGUUAGAAUCCAAGGUCCAAACUACGUUCCAGGUAAGAAGGAGGACUUGUUCGUCAAGGCUAUCCAAAGAGUUGUUCUUAUGAUGGGUAGAUUCGUCGAGCCAAUUGAUGACUGUCCAGCUGGUAACAUUGUUGGUUUGGUUGGUAUUGAUCAAUUCUUGUUGAAGUCUGGUACUCUUACUACCAACGAGACCGCUCACAACAUGAAGGUUAUGAAGUUCUCUGUCUCCCCAGUUGUGCAAGUUGCUGUUGAGGUCAAGAACGCUUCUGACUUGCCAAAGUUGGUUGAAGGUUUGAAGAGAUUGUCCAAGUCUGAUCCAUGUGUCUUGUGUCAAAUGAACGAGUCUGGUGAGCACAUUGUUGCUGCUACUGGUGAAUUGCACUUGGAGAUCUGUUUGCAAGAUUUGGAGAACGAUCACGCUGGUGUUCCAUUGAAGAUCUCUCCACCAGUUGUCUCCUACAGAGAGACUGUUGAGGGUGAGUCCUCCAUGGUUGCUUUGUCUAAGUCUCCAAACAAACAUAACCGUAUCUACUUGAAGGCCGAGCCAUUGGGUGAGGAGGUUUCCGUCGCUAUUGAGACCGGUAAGGUUUCCCCAAGAGACGAUUUCAAGGCUCGUGCUAGAGUCUUGGCUGACGAGUUCGGUUGGGAUGUCACUGAUGCCAGAAAGAUCUGGUGUUUCGGUCCAGAAGGUACCGGUCCAAACGUUGUUGUUGACCAAACCAAGGCUGUCCAAUACUUGUCUGAAAUCAAGGACUCUGUUGUCUCUGGUUUCGCUUGGGCUUCCGGUGCUGGUCCAAUUUUGGAUGAGAAGUUGCGUGGUAUCCGUUUCAACAUCAUGGAUGUUACCUUGCACGCUGAUUCUAUCCACAGAGGUGCUGGUCAAAUCUUGCCAACUAUGAGAAGAGUUACUUACGCUGCUAUGUUGUUGGCUGAGCCAAGAAUCCAAGAGCCAGUCUUCCUUGUUGAGAUUCAAUGUCCAGAGUCCGCUGUCGGUGGUAUCUACUCUGUCUUGAACAAGAAGAGAGGUCAAGUCAUCUCCGAGGAGCAAAGACCAGGUACUCCAUUGUUCACUGUCAAGGCUUACUUGCCAGUUAACGAGUCCUUCGGUUUCACCGGUGAGUUGAGACAAGCUACUGGUGGUCAAGCUUUCCCACAGAUGGUGUUCGACCACUGGGCUACUUUGGGUACUGACCCACUUGACCCAACCUCUAAGGCUGGUGAGAUUGUCAUUGCUGCUCGUAAGAGACAAGGUUUGAAGGAGGAAGUUCCACCAUACACUGAGUACUACGACAAGUUGUAA